AUGGCAUCCACUGAAUCUCACGAGAAAUAUGAUCUCAAAAACACCAUUACCAACGCUGAGACUCCUUCCCCUCCGUCUGAACAGCAACUAGCGCCUGAGACUUCCCACCUCGACUAUGCUACCUCAGGAGGACUUUCGCACACGCUCACAGCAGAUAGUCGCCUACCUGCCUUUGGGGGUGCCUUCCAGCCCGGUCUAUACCGACCGCCGAAGAAGAUCGCGAACCCUGCUCCUCUCGGUCUGAGCGCUUUUGGCCUUAGCGCUUUUCUCCUAGGGUGCAUCCAAAUGAAGGUUCUGAACAUUGCUACUCCUAGCAUACUCGUUGCUCCUGCAUUUGCAUAUGGUGGUCUAGUUCAGCUACUGGCCGGCAUGUGGGAAAUGGCCAUUGGAAACACAUUCGGAGCCACAGUUCUCUCCUCAUACGGCGGGUUCUGGAUCUCCGUCGGAAUCAUCUUCACUCCCGGCGGCUUCAACAUUAUGGGAAGCCUUGUUGAGGCCAGCGGUGGCACUACCGACAUGUUCAACGACUGUAUCGGCCUGUUCUUGCUGGCCUGGUUUAUCUUCACCGUUAUCAUGACACUAUGCACCUUCAAGUCGACCCUGGCCUUCUGCUCCUUAUUUGUGUUUGCGGACGUCGCUCUACUGCUUCUGGGAGUCGGCUUCAUUCACCGAGAUGCUAUGGGUAACCCGAAUGACGCUCUCUGCAAAGCAGGAGGUUUCUUUGCAAUUCUAUGCUCGUUCCUGUGCUGGUACAAUGCAUUUGCUGGUCUCGCUGAUGGAACUAAUACCUUCGGUGUCCCUCCUGUCGUGCAUUUUCCUUGGUCAGAACAAGGCCGGAGCCGCAAGCCGCGGCGUCCUGCGCCUACUGAAGGUGAAGAGUCGGUAUAG